AGUGUAAAGAAAAGAUAACCACGUGUACCUUAUCAUUGCGUUCAGAAGAGAGGAAAUAAACAAAAAGCAGUGAAGAACUCAAAUGUUAAUGUUGUAAUAGAAACAAACUUAUUUCAGGUUGCUUUACUUCCAGACAUCCCGAGACUUUUCGACUUAUACUUAUAAUGCCUAAAAAUAAAAAGAAAUUUUCCAAUAGAAAACAGAAGGUACGCCGGUAAUGAAUGAUUAAUAAUUAAUGAGACAGACAUGGAUGUGAUUAUAAUCAUUAAUGACAUUAAAUAAUCAUAAUGUGAUGAGUGAGAAUUGAGUUGACUUCCACUUGGUCUUUAUUCAGUAGUGACUUGUCUAACGGCACUAACCCUAACACUGUUUUUAGUUAGACUGUUACUACUGUUGGUAUUAGUAGUAGUUAGUUAAAGUUAAAGUUAAGUCAAUGAAGGCACUCGAUUAACUGUCCUACUAACUAUUCUAAAUAGCAUUUUAUUUUUUCUUUAACUUUUAGCUGACUGUUAUUUUUAUGUUAUUGACUUAGACUUCCUAAGUUAAGUACUAAAUAACUAAAUAAAUUUAAAUUAUUAUUUAUUUUAUUAAUUAACUCAAACUAGAAUUAAAGUUCAGCUAAUAAUGAGGUAGGGCUACAGAAAACACUUGUUCAACUGACAACUGGUGUGCUGUAGACUGCAGAAGUACCAAGGAGGCAACUUGAAGAAGAAUAAGAUUAGAAAUUUAUUUACAGUACCGGUAAUAUAAAACUAUAUAGCCUAUUUAGUUAAACUAAGAUUUUUAAAAUAAAAAGUUAAAUCACAAAUUUCUUUCUUUACAAUCAGCAAAACAUUUGCUUCUUUUCUUGGUAGGGCUACUAAUUAACUCUCUUAAGAAAAACAGCAAACUAACAAGCCAGAGCUUAUUAAGUUUUCACCAAUGUACCCCCUCUUCCCCCUAACCCAACUAGCUUAAUUCUAGUCUGGCCACAAAGCAGCAUGUUGGGGACAUUCCGCAGCUGAGACAGCCCCACCUGCCUUUCACUCGAUUGACUGUGUGAGUGGGACGGCAUUGAUGAAGGGACACCUGGUCCGCUAGUGGUGCUGCUCUCACAGCACCUGCAGUUGAACUUUCUAGGGGUUGGGAUGGAUAUAUUUUAAUGUCAUGAAAAACACCCCUUCCCAUUCCGGGGUGGUGUCAGACGCCCUCUAGUAAGGAUUUCUACAUGUGGUUUAACUAAUUAUUAUGACUAGCAGUUGAAGCAAACCUUGCCUUGAUGGCUUGUAUAUUUGAGAUUGAAAGGGGUCAUCAAUAUCCUACCUGCCUUCAUGUGACAUACUUUAUGUAAAAUGUCAAUUAAAAUUUUAAAAAAAGAAGAGAAGAAAAAAAUCAAAAUCUAUGCUGCAAUUAAACCCCUAUGUUUUGAAAGAAAAAUAUAUGGAAAUGCCAACAUCCCUCACUCAUAUGCUGUUGACCGACAAAAGAGACAAUUAUUUAUGUUUAUUCAACAUUUUAAAAAAACACUUAAAAUAUGCUAUCUGAUGGGUUGAAGCACACAAGAACUACCAUAGUCCAUAGUUCUUUUAUUAAUGUGUUUAAGGAAAUUUACCGUUGUCAUGGACAAAUAAUUAAUAGUAAACUGAGAAUUAAACUGUAAUAGAAUUCAAAUCUGUCAAGCCACUAAGAUAAUCCCACCUUUGCAAAGCCUUAAACUUCAAGCAUUGAAAAGGUACCUUUUUUUUUUUUUUUAGCAUUUUAACCGUUGUGGGAAAGUUGGUGAAGCAUUUGACCUUGGAAAGGGCGCCACUGAACUUUUUGUCAAGCCAAUAAGAUAAUACCACCUUUUCAAAUACUUAAACUUCAAGCAUUGAAAAGGUACCUUUUUUUUUUUUAGCAUUUUAACCGUGGUGGGAAAGUUGGUGAAGCAUAUGACCUUGGAAAGCGCGACAAUGAACUUUUUGCUAAAUAUUACAAGGUAUGAAUUACACUAACAAGGAUGAUUAAUGUGUUAAUAUUACAUAUAUUAUAGUUUGAUUCUUAACUCAAUAUCUUCCAUAAAUGCAUUUUUGUAUAGGUCGUUGUAAUAUUUUCUGUGAUAAUAGUUGUUAUUUUUAUUCUUUCCUAACUUUGAAAUAAUAAUUUACAUAAACAGGGUCAAAACAUCGUUCCAGAAAAUGAAUGGGAAGAAUUUUAUGAAACCUUAAAAAAAACUUUGCCUGUGACCUUUCGAAUUACUGGAUAUAGGUAUAGUAUAUACUAAUAUUAAUAUAACUUUGUUCUUAAAAAUCAAUAUUUUAUUAACCCUUACUUAUUCAUUUAUAUAUUACUAGAAUAAAUGACCUGAUGCUAUCGGGAUAAUAAUGGUGGGUCCUAUGCGAUAACUUCUAACUGCUUUUGCAAAAAACUCAUUUCAACUCAUAACUUUUAAAAUGUAAUGAUAUAUUUAGGUUUCUAACAUCAUUAAGUUUUGAAAAGUGUUUAUCUGCUAUAUAUGAUACGCGUACCCUACACCCUUUACGCUCCUAAACUAAUUUUCCCCCUCUAUAUCAUUUUGGUCACUAAAGAAUUUAACUGAGGGACAAAUUCUACGCUAGAGAAAUACUUAAGAUUUACCCCAUUUUGUGCCCUUGAAUUACAACUUUUUUUCUCUCAAAAUUUGUUAAAAACCUAAUAUUAAAUUUAUAACAAAAGUUCUAUACAUGAUAUAAAUAUAAUUUGUAUUACAGGAAUUCGAUAUAUAGUGAUAUCUUCAUCAAAAAUUUAAACACAUUUUUUACUUUUUAAAAACUAUACAUCAUCAGAAAAUCGUAAAACAAAAAUUCUUUUAUCCAAGAAGAAUCUCACAACUGUUUUUCAUGCCUAUAUCAGAUUUGACUGUCUUUUAAAAAAAUUAAAUUGUUAAUCUCAUAAAAAUACACACCUCUUUACUUUUUGCAAAGUAACAACAACCAUAUAUUUUCAUUUUUUUUUAAAAAAGAAAAUAUUAACCCAUCUUCAUUUGUCAAAAUUUAAUUUUCAAGUGUGUAAAAUGAUUGGGUUUUGAUAUUCAUGAAUACUCGUAAAUAAAUGUACCCAAGCUUUGUUAACACCAUUGAUUUUCUUAAUUGGUAAACAUAUGUUUUUUUUGUAAAAAGAGAAUACAACAUCUAUUUUUUCACAAAUGUAAUACCUUAGGAUUUAAAUAUAUUGUCAUCCUUUUCCUACUUCCGAUAUUCAUGUACCCAAGAAGGUUAUUUAUUUAUCAAAUUCAUUCCUUUAUUUUGGGACGUAUCUGGUAUGGCCCUGGGCAAAAUUAGAACAUACUAAUAUUUAUAAAAAGAGAAUGUAGCAUCUUAUUUUUUCACAAAUGUAAUGCCAUAGGAGUUAACUCUGUUGUCAUUCACGUAAGAAUUUAAACAUCUUAUUUCCUACCUCCGACAUGUAUUUACCAAAGAAAAUUAAUUAUUUAUCAAGUUCAUUCAUUUAUUUUGAGACUUAUCUUGUGCUGCCGUGAGCAAAAUGAACAUACAAAUAUUUAUAAAAAGAGAAUGCAACAUCUCUUUUUUCAUAAAUGUAAUACCAUAGGAUUUAAAUAUAUUGUCUUCCACGUAAAAAUGUACACAUCCUAUUUCCCACCUCCGAUAUGUAUGUACCCAAGAAGGUUAAUUAAUUUAUCAAAUUCAUUCCUUUAUUUUGAGAUGUAUUUUGUGCUACCUGGGGCAAAGUGACCAACCCCUCCCCACCCAGAUUUAAAUAAAUUUAGAAAAUCUUCCAUCGGAUUGUAGUCCCUUCCGUACCUAAAGUAACAUAUUUCGCACUUCAUAUGGUUCGUUCUUAUUUGUAUGAGUUAUAAUUGGAUUAGUGAAUGCUAUUUAGCUAUGGAGUUGAGUUGCACUGAUUGACUUAAACCGCAUUUUCUAAUUAGAAUUAUAUUUGAAGGUUAGUUUUUAUUACUUUAUAAAUUUAAUGAAAUUAUAUUUUUGAAAUUAAAAAAGGCAAAAUUUUUAAAAUUUAAAAAUAUACAAAGCAAAAAUGUGUGUGUGUUUUAUUAACAAUUUAAAAAGCAAUCAAUAUUUAUUAAUUUUACUUUUAAUAAGGGAAAAUAAAUUAUCAGUUUUGUCUGGCAGGGUUAUUAAAUUUAAAGGAACCUAAGAGUUUUGGUGUAAUAGGGUAUUCCAGCCAUGAUGUCAUUUGCAUGAUUAUUUAGAACAAAUUAAUAUUAAUUUUAUUUAUAUUAACAACGCACUAAAAGAUGCACAAAAAAAUGACUGAUGCUUGGGUUUUCCUGAUAAAUAUGAUUAAGGUGUAAUUCUUUGAUAAUGAUUUAUUAUUUUUUAAUAGCUUUAAAACACAUAAAAUGCUUGAAAUAAUUCCUUGUUUAAUAAUUUAAAUGUAAAUGUAUUUGUAAUUUAUAAUAAUAAUACUUAAACUUUUACUUUUGCCCUUGUUAUUUUAAAACUGUCCAAUUUUUUAUUGAAAAGGUACAUUUUACAAUAUUUUUAUAAUUUAAAUAAUUUGUAUAUAUUGGUUUUCAGUCAGUCUGCAGAAAUGUUAAAGAAUAUAAAAGGGAAAUUUUUUGACAGCUUGUUAAAUGUCAAAGUAGAAGAGGAAGAUGUACCACCUCCUAAACAGUUGCCAUGGUAAACAAUUUUUCAUUUAGUGAAUGUAUUAUUUUUAUUAUUAUUUUUUUUUAAUUUUCUUACAUACAUUUUUUAAAAUUAAUUAUUUUUCAUUUACUGUGAAAUAAAAAAAAUUAGAACAAAGUUUUAUUUUCAUAGGUAUCCCAAUGAACUAGGCUGGCAACUUGAUCUCACUCGCAAAUUUGUGAGAAGUAAUGAGAUGUGCUCUCGUCUUCAUGAUUUUCUUGUUGCGGAAACUGAAUGUGUAAGCCUCUUAACUAUCAUAUAAUCUAUGAAAAAAAUGAAAGAGAUCUAAUCUAAUAUUGUAUAUUAUAAACAUAUAUUAAUUAUUUUCAAUUGUCCUUGGAUGUCAUUAUAUUUAUAGCGCUAUACAAAAAAAAGAGUUAAAAAUAAUCUUUGCUUUCAAAUUUAGGGAGCAAUUAGUCGUCAAGAGGCUGUCAGCAUGAUUCCACCUUUAGUUCUGGAUGUCAAGUCCCAUCACAAGGUAUUAUUUUCAGUCCCUUUUUUUAACAUGCCAUUGCAGUCUCAUCAACAAACUUCUCAAGUUUAUUGAUUGUGAGAGAUUUAUGGAUGUUAAAAAAACUACAACAAUGUCACAUGAUGGGGAGGAGAGAUAUUUAGAAUAUUUUUAAUACCCAUAUGUUCCAGAUUUUUCAAGAUUGCAAGUUAAAAAAUAGCUGCAAGUUUCAAUAGUGUAUAAAUCAUACUUUUUUUUCUUAGAUCUUGGAUAUGUGUGCAGCUCCUGGCUCCAAAACGGCACAACUUAUUGAGUAUCUCCACAGUACUUGCCAACCAGGUAAGAUUUGCAUGAUUUAGCUUUAUUUUAAAAUGAAUAUGACGUGUGCAAUAAUUGAAGAAAUUUUAAAUGCUAGACAGUUUUAAACUUUAGUGAAACUUACAUUAUCUUAUUAAAAUCAAUGCUCCCAACUCAGUUUGCUUUUGUUUCGGAGAAUGAUUUUACUCAUGUAAAUUGAUCACGUUUACAGGUGAAAUACCAUCCGGUUAUGUGAUAGCCAAUGACACUGAUAACAAGCGCUGCUAUCUGAUGGUCCAUCAAGUGAAGAGGCUACAGAGCCCAUGUUGUAUCAUUGUUAACCAUGAUGGCACUUCCUUCCCAAAGAUAAGAACUAACUCAGAUGUGAGUAUUAUAUAUACUUUUUAUUAAAUUUUCAGUAGGUUCUUGAAUAGGAAUAAUUUGUAUAUGUUUUAUUGAAAACAAUUUAAUAUUAUACAUCUCCUUCUCUGCAGUAAUUCACUUUGACUCAUUUUAUACCUUAACAGAGUUUUGCAAUAAUUUAUUUGUAUUCUGAGGUUUUAAUCUUAGAACAUUUCAAACAUAGAAAGCUUGAAAACUUUUACAACAUUUAAUUGUUUUAUAUUUCAGGAGAGAAAUCCUGAAUACCUGCUUUUUGACCGUGUUUUGUGUGACGUUCCAUGCAGGUAAUACAAUCUUUUCUUAAGAGAUGAGUUAUUGUUAAAUUUUGUAAAGCUGAUACAAAUAAUUAUUCUUUUCCUGUCAGUUUAAAAUUUAAUAAUUAUUAAUUUAUUAAUCCUGAAUUAGCACAGGCUAGAGGAAGGUUUAGAUAUAUUUUUAUCAGUUUCUUAUGGUCUUUUCUAGUGGAGAUGGUACAAUGCGCAAAAACUUUGAUGUAUGGAACAAAUGGCACCCAUUGCAGGGAGCGAAUUUGCAUGGGUAAGAUAUAUUCAAAAAUGAAAAAAAAAAAAAAAUUUGUAUCAAUUUGAUGGAGUCCAGUAAUUAUCUAUGCAAUAUUUUUUUCUGUCGCAACAAGCAUAUUAUUCUUAAAUUUAUUCAAAACAUACAAUUAACCCUUGGCAGGCUUCAGUGCAAACUCAUCCGCAGAGGAUGCCAGCUACUUGCUGUGGGAGGCAGACUUGUGUACUCUACAUGUUCACUGAACCCAAUAGAAGAUGAGGCUGUUGUUGCUGAGAUGUUGCGUGCUUCUGAGGGUACCAUGGAGCUAGUGGAUGCCCAUGAUUUACUACCAGGAUUGAAAUUUACCAAAGGCGUUUCUACUUGGAGGGUAAAAUAGUAAAUUUUUAUAAUUUAUAAUUUCAAAUGUCUGAAUGGAUAGAAAUAUUGAUGUGUAUUUUAACAGUUUGUUGGAAAUGUAUUAAUAAAAAUUUCACUGCCUUUGACCCAAGUCAAUUUUUUUAUAUUUAUACUAACUUAGAUAUUUCUAUUACUAAUUACAUCUUAAAGAUUUUUAUCAUAAAAAAAAUAAUGCCAAAAGAAAAAGAAAAAAAUAAUGCCAAAAGAAAAAGAAAAAAAUAUGACAGGUAGGCAAUCAAUAACUUAAUUUUUAAGGAAAAAAGGGUGAGAACUUCAAUCAAACUUACAUUUUUUUUAAUAGGUAAUGACCAAAACUGGAGAAUGGAUUGAAUCUGCUGCUGAAAUUCCAGCCUCCAUGCAGACCCAAUAUAAACACACUAUCUUCCCACCAACAAAAGAGGAAGCAGAGAAGUUUCAUCUAGAGAGAUGGUGAGGGGCUAAGUAUCCUGUAUUGAUGUUACUUUUCCAGUAUAUCCUCUAAGCUCUAAUGACUUUUGUUUAAAGAGUUAUUAUAUCCUUUAAACUUGAACAAUGUUUUGAAAGUCAUACAACUUGCCAUCCACAGUUACUUUAUAUAGAUUUAUUGUUUCUGUUUUAGUUUGCGGAUCCUUCCCCAUCAACAGGAUUCUGGUGGGUUUUUUGUUGCUGUUCUCCAGAAGCUUGGACAUUUGCCAGGCUCCAGAGAAGCGAGAUUAGAAGCAGAACAGACGGCAAAUGGUAUUUUUGUUCUCUUCACUGUAAUCGAAGCUAAAUCAUUCCAAUCAGGAAAGGUCCUUCUAUUUCAAAGAAAGGCAAAUGUAUCAAAGAUAUGAAGGAAUUCAACACACAAUAAUACUUGUGCCACUCUUGCACUACUUCAUGUUUCUCUAAGUUAAAUUGGCAAGACUUUUUAUUAGACUGAGAAAUAACUUUAUUUAGAUACCAGUACUCAAAUCUUGGUUUUAGUUUAAAAUUUUUGUUUUUUUUCUCAACAUUAAUUUCAAAAUAAGAAGUUCAUUAAAAUUGUACAUAAGAAAACGCGUUAAGUCAACCUCAUUCUGUCCUUAAUUUUUCUCAUACAUAGCACUUUCAGAGACUAUUUUUUCUUAACUUAAUUAAAUUCAAUAUAAUUUAUUUAUUAAUUAGGGACUAAUUUGCUCCUUCUUUAAUUUUAACACUCAUUAUAUUUUGAAAAUAGAUUGUGAAAGACUACACUUAAUUAGCCUUGCAGGCUUCACUUAAAGAAUCUCCUAAAUAAAUUAGCUUGUUAUUUCUGGUGUCAUAAAUAUAUCACAUUCAAUUAUUUAUCAACAGGUCAAAAGGAAAAGGAGGAAAGACAAACAGAUAAAACCAAUGUUAUAACAGAUGCAGAAAAGGAGGCGGAUAUUCCCAACACUACUACAGAUAAAGAAUCGAGCGUUGCCACUGCUAAUUCCUCUGAAAUAAAUCUUGGGGAGAAAAGAAAAGGACCAGCCAGUGGAGAAGAGUAUGUCUAUUAUUAUUAUGAUUGAAAUAAUAUUAGAUAGCUCUAAACAUUUACCUUUUGAUUUCCAUUCAUACAUGCCUUAAAACAAAAAUAUUAUGGUCGGUGUAGUUUAUUAACAGUUAAGUGGGGUUUCAACUACCCUAGUUUGUGUUUGAAAUUAUAAGAAUUAAUAUUUUUUCAGACCAAGACCCAAAAAGCAAAAGAUCCAUGGUUUCAGAGAAGACCCCUUUUUGUUUAUGGACCCCAAUGAUGCAGAAUGGAAGCCCAUCAGGUAAAGCUCUCCAGAAUAAACAAGGCAGUUGUAUAGAAAAGUAAUGAUACUGUCCAUAACAUAUUCUAAAUAAAAAAUGGGGGUAUAAAUAAAAUACCUUGUUAAACAUGACUUUUGGCAAUAAAUGAUAUAAAUGGUAAAGGCAUUCUUGUGAAUAACGACAGCAAAUAAACAAUUAGCCUAAAACAAAAAAUGUCUAAAACAAACCUUGUACCAUCUUCCCUAGAAAAGAUCACAAGAGGGUGAUAGGGAUACAUGUAAACCUUUCUCUAGCCCGUGCUAAUUCAAGGUUAUUAAAUUAAAAUUAUUAAAUUUUAAGCUGAAAGACAAAGAAGAAUUAUUUGUAUUAGCUUCACAUAAUUUAAUUAAACAACCCCUAAAAACAAAGUUUUUAUAAAUCCUUUAUAAAAUGUAAUAUCAAGCAAUGGGGUGGGUCUUAAAAUUUGACAAAACAUGCAUACAAGUAACACACUGUAUAAGAAUCCCAAUUAGUGCCGCCCCCUCCCCCCCCUCGCAAACGCUCAUUUUUUUCACACCCCUGAACUAUAUCAAUAUUUUAAUGACCACCCCGCUUUGGCACCAAAGAUUUAUUUAACAAACUACUUCAGAAAAGCAAACGAUAAUAUCACGUACCAAAUGCACUUGCAAUAUUUUUUUUUAAAGAAUCUCAUUUAGGGUAGUUAGGAAUUUUAUUUCGUGAAAUCAGUCUCAUCAUAUUUCUUUCAUCUUCCCCUUGAAAAAGGGUGAUAUUUGGGGGUUGGGGCUGAAAAUUUGAUGGAGUGUGUGGUCAUCUGCAGUGAUUCUAUGUGCAAAGUUUCAGCUCCAUAACUUAAAUUGAAGUGGGUCAAUUAGCCGUUCCAAGAUUUCAUCAGUCUGCCACCCAGCCACGAACAAAAGCUAAUUUAAAGGAUUUAAAAAUAACUCAUCUCUUUAAUUACUUUAAAAAAGAUUGCAUUACCUGCAUGACACGUAACCCAAAACAAGGUCAUGGGGAGAGGGGGUUGGACAUCUGAACUAGCUCAUAAAGUUACAAACUGUAAGUUAAAUGAACAAAAGAAACAUGAAGAAAAACACAACAUUUUUGGGAUAUUUAUCUACUUACAUAUCUACGCAUAGAUAUGUCUGCUCGCUUUAAUUGCCCUACUGAUUCUCUCAGAUAUUUCUUUUUCUUCUAUACUAUACUAUGAUAGAUUUUUACCUUUCUUUUUUAUGAAAUUCAUUUAACUGAUGUACUUAAAUGAUUAUGAAAUGGUGUAUUGCUAAAACUAAUGCACAAAUUAUUUUUUUUUUUCAACUGAUAGACAAACUACAAAAGAAAUAAUAAAACACUCAUUUUAUUACCCAAAAAAGUAAAUAAAGUGAGGUGACUUCCCUUUUAGUACUAUUUGUUGCAUAUUUGAAAAUUCUAUUUUUAGUCCUCAUUUAAUUAUGGAAAUUGAAAUACAUUUCAUUCUUCUGUUACAGAUGUUACCUAUUUAUUUUACAUAAAGAGAGAGAACACAUUUGUACAUAAAAUAAAAAUAUGUUGCAUGUAUGAAUUGGGCAAUGUGGUGAUACUGGCCUAAAACUAUAAGCUUGUUCUAACUUGUGCUUGCUGCUUAUGUUCAAAGCAAUUAUCUAUAUAUAAAAUGGCUGGUCAGCCUCAUUAAAAAAUAGAAAUGCAGAAAAACAUAAAUAGAUCCAUUUAAAAUAUUUAAUUGGUUUUAGUAUAUAUACUAUGGGAGGGUGCACUCAUCAAAUAUUUGUAUUUUAAUUUUUUCUUUUUCAGAGAUUUCUUUGGUCUGUCAGAAACAUGCUCUGUCAAUCAGUUACUCUUCAGAUCUCAAACGGGUAGAAGAUCUCUCUACUUUGUAACAAAAGCUGUAAGGGAGAUAACUAUUUAUAAUGAUGAUCAUAUUCGGGUUAGUAAAUGUUCUUUAUGUAAAUAAUACUUUUGUGUGAAACUGGAUUGCUGUGUUAUGUUGUACUAUCUCUUACAUUUACAAUAAACUUUGAUUAUCCAGUAGCCAUUUAGGCCCGUGCCAUUUAGGCACAAGGCUAUGGUGAAAAAAUUGCACCAUCUCUGCAGCUGUCUUUUGUUUGUUGGUGUAGUCUAGUAUCUUUGGUGGAUGGAUUAGGCAUAAGUCCUGAGGUGCAGACAUGAUGUGUUGCUUGUCUCAUUCGGAUGUCAGCAGAGAGGGGAACAUUGAUGUUUUAUCUGGUUUCAUGUGGUUAAGGUGGGUUUUAAGUUGUAUAUUUCCUGUGCCCUUGUGAAAGAUUAUGACCUGUUUGUGUUUUUGACGGCAAUUUAUAGGAUUUUUUAGAGUUUGGGCAUGUCUGUAAAUACCAUCUUCAUGUUGAGCCCAUCUAUUUAAUCACUCUGCUUUUUUGUUAGCUCUGUUUCCUUCAGUCUGAGUAUGUAGGCAUGUUUGGCUUUCAUCAGAUGCUCACUGUUUGGCUUGUUUGUUUGCUCUCUCAUUUCCUGGUAUAUUGGGGUGACCUAGUAUCCAUCGUAAGGUUAGCCUGGCUGCAUAUGUUCAGACAAAAGGUGUUUAUUUUCAGAAGUUGUGAUUUUACUGUUAUUGUUGGAAGGUCUUGAUGCUUAGCUGCCAGGAGUAUAGAUUUGCAAUCUGAGAAAUUUUGCUGGAGUAAACUGAAAAUUGCAGAGAGGUAGAGCUACUUCAAUGGUGGUUGCUUUUGCUUCAUAAUUACUGCAGAUUUCCCCACAGGGUUUGCAGAGUUUGUCACAUGAUCUGUCUAGGUACUAUAAAUGUUUGUUUUGGAUAAGUCUUUAGGAAUGAUUUGCGAGUCUUCUCUGUCUGUUGGUAGGUGGUGUUUCUCUUCAAUUUCGGAGGGCCCCAUUUAGUAUUGAUUUCUGUUCAAUUCUUUGGUUUGGUCUCCAUUUUUCAACAAUUUGUCAAUAUGGAUGUUGCUUGUCUAGUCUUCUGUACCUUUCAACUGCCUGGAUAACUGCUGCCUCUCCGUAAGGGUUAGGGGCUCAAUAUUAGUGUACUGCUGUUGGAGUAUAUCUUUGAGCAACCUGAGAUGAAAUGUCCUUCAAUUUUUUGAGAGUCCUGUACUGCCUUGCUGCAAGUUGACUGUAGCACAAAACUGUAUUCCAUCACUGAUUGCACAUAUUCUAUGUAUAAUUGGCGUAGUGUGGUCUUGUCAGUACCCCGUGAGGUACCAGCCAGCCUCUAGAUUGAGUUUUCUUAAAUUUUAAUUAUAAUUGUGUGAAUUUAAAUAACAUAUAUUGGUUACUUAAAAUAACAUUGGGCAGACUGGGAUUAAGUUGUAAAUAAAAAAUAUGAAGCACAAAGAUAUGGAAACUUAUUUUAAAAAAUGAUGAAUGGGUUGCCCAAAAACUGGUAUACUAGCAGAUUGGAUAUAAACAGAAAGGGGGCUGGAAAUAUGUAUUCACAAAACAUAGUAUUCUUACUAUUUAUUAUGAAAAAGAAACAAACUGAAGAAUAUUUGGCAUAUUUCCUACUUGAUUAUUGGUGUAUUAAUUUAAACCCUAGAUAUCCUUUGUUUUUGCGUUCUUUUUCCAUCCCUAAAUUUGCACAUUUUUCAGUUUAUCAAUAUGGGUGUAAAGGCAUUCAGCCGCAGUCCUUCUCCAAUUGUUCCGGAUUGUGACUACAGGAUUGCUCAGGAGGUACAUUUCUAUUCUCAAUUUAACUCAAUAAAAAGCUAAUGAUUGUGUGAUUGGAGUCUUUUUUUAUUUAAUUUUAAAAAUGUUUUCUAGCUCUUUCACAUUAUUUUCCAUUCUCUCUGCAGUGCCUGGGAACUUUGUUGCCCUACAUAGCACAUAGGAAAGUAAAUGUAACAAAAGCUGAUGCUAUUAUCAUUAUCAGCCAAGAAAACCCAUUUAUCGGCAAAUUGAGUGAGGGAACCCAGAAACAGCUGAAUGAUAUGUGUGAGUAUUAAGUCUAACCCCACAGUGAUAUGUGUAAGUGUUGAGCUAUAGCUUAGUGAUUUGAGUACUAGUAUAUAGCACAGUGAUAUGUGUAAGUGUCGAGCUAUAGCUUAGUGAUUUGAGUACUAGUAUAUAGCACUGUUAUAUGUGUACGUUUUUAGUUAUGGAUUAGUGAUUAUUUUGGAUUACUAGUCGUAGCAUAAUGAUAUCAGAGGUUAAAGCAUUUAGACAUGACAUUUUUUUAAAGACAUUUGUAAGGUUUAUCCAUACUUAUCUAAUUAAGAUAAUGUCUUUUUAAGAUAUGAAUGUAGAUUAAAUCUCAAUUUUGCUGGUGAUGAUUUUCCUAUGUUACAUUUAAAUAGACUCUUGUUACACAAAUAACUUGAAACAUUAUACAAUUAAGCAUAUUUCUUUAAUUUCUUUCAGCUCCUGGGAGUGCAAUAUUUGUAUUCAAUCCUUCUGAGCAGUAAGUUUUUAUGAAAGCAUGUUUUUUUAUUGUAAAUAAUUUCAAAUUACUUUUUAAAGAUGAUUGUGAAUAUGGAUAAAUUAUUCCAUUCCAAUUACAUUAAAACAUCAUCACAGUUACAGAUUUUAAUACAAAUUUUAAUAGAGAACCAUCACCAAGUUGUGAAGUGGUUUUUUGUGGUUGGAGAGGAAAGAACUCAGUCAGAUGUUUCGGCUCCAGGUGUGACAGAGCCCAUGCCCUGAUGCUUUUGGGAGAAGAUUUGAAUGAAAUAAGUAAGUACUUUUGGAAGGAAUAUGUUUUUGUGAGAUUUAGCUAUCAGGCUUAAAAUUAUUAUUUUUACAUUUUGCUGAAAUUGCAACCUAAAAAAAUUGUGUUUAGGUGUAAAUUCUGAACAUCUCCACCAUUAUGUGCCUUGACUUAGUAUAUUAAAAAAUAUUUUUCAUUUUAAAAUCAAAGCCAAAAGUGUAUCAAAGUCAAUACCGAUAUGUUCAGAAGCUGCAAUCAGUAAUUUGAUUUUUUAAAAUUCCAUGCUUAAGGAACACAAUGUAGGGUAUUGUGAUAUAAUUUAAAAAGGGGAUGUGCUUAAAACACUUUCAUAUUACAGACAAGAGAGUGGAAGCAGAGAAAAAGGCCAAACAACAAGGUCAAGGUGAUGAUGGGAAUGUUAAAAGAGAAGAAACAGAUGAUAUUAAAGUGGAGGUGGAAGAUGACAAAAUUUCGACAGAUAUACCAGAACUGAACGAUGGAAAUGGUGAUAUCACUGAUGAUAGCCCAAAGGAAGAGGUAGUUGAUGGGUCAGGUGAACUGAACUGAAGAGAACAAAGUGAGGAGGAGAUAUCAUCAGCCAGUUUUUACUUAAUCUCAAUUUUUUUUUUUUAUGUUAUGAUAGUGUUACUUGAACUGUUAUUUGUUGUUUUAUUCUAAUAAUUUUUUUUUUGGUUAUAGCUGGGUAGGUGGGACUCAAAUAAAAAGUAAAUCUAUUGCAAAGAAAUCAUUCAUGGCCUACAUUUUACUUCAUUUUUUUUUUUAAAAUUUGAGGAGCACCUCUACAUCUGAAUAAUCAUAUGAGUUAAAAUUUCACAAAUGAUAAAUUGCAUUAUUUUUAUCCUCAAAAAAUUACCCGAUUUUAUGCAAAAAAAGUUCUUUUAUCUGGAAAUAAAUAUUUUAAAAUCAAUUUUUAAUUGCUUUCUCUUUUUUUUUUUGAUAGUAAAUAUUUAGCACGCAGUGAAUUUGCUAGUUUUUCUAGAGAAAGAAAGAAAAAGUGUGAACACAUACAAUCUCAAUUAUUUUUACAGUAUUAAUUAUUUGUUAAAUAAUGUAUGAAUAAUAUUUCCUUGCACUAAAGAAAAAUUAAUAGUAAAGACAUUCGACACUUGAAAAUUAAAAUAGACAAAACAAACUUGGUACUUGUAUCAUCAAUGUGAGUGUUUCGUUGACUGAUGUCAUUAGCAUUAAUAAUAAAACAGUCGUCGUGGAGUUUUAUUACAAAUUAA